UAGAUUACACAGUCCCGUCGAUUUCCCCUUCACUUUCUACCCUCAUCUUGCUGCUCGGGAUUUCGUCCAUCCUCAACGGCGCGUGGGUUCGUGGGAGCCAUCCUCUGAGCUCCGUCGAGUCUUUGCGUCUCACAGCACCCUCGCUCGCCGACGUGAAGCAAAAGAUAGAAAUUCAUGAUUUGUGGUCGAAAAUGUGAAGCAAACAAUACUGUUAGAAAUAAGCUCUAAAGGUGAAAUAUUUUAGCGCCAUUUUUAGACUGAAACCCAGUUUGACAGAGAAGAUUUGCUGAUUGAAGCAUAAAGGUGAAAUAUUUUAAUGAAUCUUUCCAGCCGCCAAAACCCACUCUAAAUAUAUACAACUGCUUCCACAAAUGGAUAUUCUUGUCGCUGCUUCGCAUCCAAGAUUUCCUUUUCCCCCACACAUUACUAAAACACACCGAAAAUCUGCGAUGCCUCAAUUCCUCAAUUGCUCAAGUGUGGUUUCGUUCUAUACUACUGCGGAUUGUGGUAUCUACUGACUGUUUGAUGAGAGUAGCCGAACACUGGAGAGAGCAACGGCUUGUCUAGAGCUCCUGUCCCGAGGGAGUUGGGAAGCCCUGAUGAUUUGGAGAACGAUAUGAAAUCUAUUAGUAUUGAAAAAGAAGAUAAGAAGCAGAAUGACAUUUGGCAACUGUAUGAAGAAGCUCAACAAAAUAUCCUGUACUUGAACAAACAGCGUCUACUGGCCAUGGAAGAGCUCGAGAGGGUAAAGAAUGAAAGGAACUCAUUGCUUGAUAGGAUAGAGCAAUUGGAGAUGAAAAAGAAGGCAACUGCUAGAAAAGAUAUAUUUACGAUCAGAUCAGAGUUACUUAACAGAAUAGAUGCUUUAGUCCUCAGUGGAAUAAUUGGCAGUACGGAGGCGUCUUCUUUAAGAAGACUAGUCAUUGAUUCAAGGGUUGAUUUGGCUGAUGAUGUAUAUGACAUUAUUCUCAAGAACGAUGCUGAAUUUCUGGCUGAGCUGCGUCGUUUUUCAAAGACAACCAAAGGGAAUGGGUUCCACAUAAUACACAUUUGUACAGAAAUGUCACCUGUGGUUUCUGUUGGAUCUUUGGCACCAUACAUUACCGGCUUAUCUUGUGCUCUACAAAGGAAGGGAAAUCUUGUUGAGGUUAUUUUGCCCAAGUAUGCCUGCUUGAACCUAGAUGAAGUUCAUGGCUUACGAGAAGUUGAAGCAGAAUUCUACUCAUAUUUCAAUGGUCAAUUGCAUGGAAACAAAAUCUGGACUGGGAUUGUCUACGGCAUUGGAGUUACCUUCAUAGAUCCCAUCUAUUAUUCAUCACUUUUUAGCCACGAUAAAGUAUAUGGUUACUCAAAUGACUUUGAGAGGUUCACCUAUUUCUCUCGUGCUUCACUGGACUAUCUAGUUAAAUCAGGAAAGCGGCCAGAUGUGCUUCAUAUACACAAUUGGCAAACAUCUAUUGUUGGACCUCUUUUCUGGGAUGUUUUUGUCAAUCAGGGUUUUGAAAAUACUAGGAUAGUAUUGACGUGCCAGGGUUUUGAUUCCCAGUCCCUUGAACAACCUGAAAAGGUGGCAUUGUGUGGGCUCGAUCCUUCUAUAUUGCUUCGGCCUGAUCGCCUGCAAGAUAACAACAAAUCCCAUCUUGUCAAUGUAUUAAAGGGUGGAGUUGUUUACUCUAAUAAAGUAAUAAUAAUGUCCUCUGUGCACACAAAAGGCCAGAUUAUUAGUGCGUUGGGACAUGGAUUGGAACCCACCUUGGCUACACACAAGGAAAAGUUGGUGAUUGCUCCUUCUGGAUUUGAUAAAACAACUUGGGAUCCUUCACGUGACAAUUUUCUUCCACAAUGCUACAGUGCAGAUGACAUGAAGGGGAAAUCGAUGUGCAAAUUUGCGUUGCAGCGACAUCUGGGUUUAGAAGAAGGAGCAUCCAACAUACUUGUUGGAUGCAUUUACUCAGGCAUUUCAGAUGACCUUGACAAGCUAAAAAAACUUUGUUAUAUGGCUUCCAGCAAGGGAGUUCAGUUCAUUUUCAUGAGAUAUGGCCAAAUUUCUGGCAUGACGACAUCAUUUGAGAUUUUUCAGGAUGAGGCGAAGGACAAACAUGUGAGAUUCAUUGACAAAUAUGAUGAAGAACUAUCACAUUUGAUAAUUUCAGGAUGCGACAUAAUGCUUUGUCCAUCUCUCGAUGAUCAUCUGCUUCAAGUGCCCCUGAAGGCCGUAAGAUAUGGAACGGCUCCUAUUCCUGUGAAUUUUCCUGACAGCAGAUUCAGGGACUUUGGGAAUGAUAGUGGCGAAAGAAGUGGAUUCUUACAGUAUAUCAACUCUUCAUUCGGAAAUAUGCCUCUAGGACAAGCAAUCGAUGAAAUCAGGAACAGUCCAUGGGAGUGGAAUAGAAGGAUAAAAGAUGGGAUGGGAAAGGAUUUUUCAUGGGAUUCAGAGUGCGUGGAGGUGCAUAUUUCUGCAUACCAAGUGGUGAAGAAAUUAUAACAGGUAUGUCGUCUAUGGUAAUUGUUGAUGGAUAGAAGCAAAACAGAUUUUAGAGCUGUGUAGAUAUGAAAGGAGGAGGAAGAGACAAGUAGAUGCUGGUGGCUCUCAAAUCUUGCAGUGUAGCCAAAUUUCCAACUUAUAUAGUAACUCAACACUGGGAUCUCUCUGCAUAAUCUAUUGAAAAAAUAAUAGUUUUGGCUGAAUAUCUUUUUCCACCUAAAUCUCACGUUAUAAUUUUA